AAGAUGAUUUACAUUUUUGUCGUCUUGGCUCUUCUAUCAUGCACGUCCGAUGCGGCUGUCAACGAUUUCUGUGUAGCAGACCUAAAGGGCCCAGAUGGCCCUUCAGGCUAUCAGUGCAAACCCCCUAAGACAGUGACGGUGGAUGACUUUGUGUUCUCUGGGUUAGUAGCGGGAAACACCACAAACACUUUCAAUGCUGCAUUAACCUCUGCAUUUGUCACUGAUUUUCCAGGUGUGAAUGGUCUUGGUGUUUCCGCAGCACGGUUAGACAUAGCGAAAGGUGGAUCAAUCCCAAUGCACACACACCCUGGAGCUACUGAACUUUUGAUAAUGGUGGAAGGUCAAAUCACUGCUGGUUUUAUGACACCAUUUGCAGUUUAUACGAAGACACUAAAACCAGGAGAUGUAAUGGUCUUCCCACAAGGACAACUGCAUUUUCAAGUGAACUCUGGAAAGGGAAAAGCCACUGCAUUUCUGGCUUUCAGUAGCGCCAACCCUGGAGCACAACUACUUGACCUUUUGUUGUUUGGUAAUAGCUUACCUUCUGACGUGAUUGCACAAACUACUUUCCUUGACGUUGCCCAAGUGAAGAAGGUUAAGGGACGUUUUGGUGGCAGAGGCUAG